AUAGCAUUUUGGCUGCUCCCCCAACCCCACGCCGCCCCCGACUCCAUUUGGCUUGCGGCGAGUACCCCAACACGCUAUUCCCGCCGCCUCGCCCACGCGAAAACCCUCCUCCCCGCCGGCCAUGGCGCCGCCCGUCCCCUCAGGCGAGCAGCGGCGGCUCCUCGACGCGGCGGCCGACGGCAACCUCGACCUCUUCAAGAGCAUCGCGAGCGCGCUGGCCGGCGAAAAGGGGCGCAUCAAGGAGGCGGUAGAGGCUGUCCGGGACCGCGGCGCCGGGGCGCUGCACGUCGCCGCUGUCCACGGGAGGAUGCAGGUGUGCGCCUACCUGGUCGAGGAGAUCCAAAUCGACGUGAAUGCGGCAGACGACAAGGGUGAUACACCUCUGACUUUUGCACUUCGGGGUUGUACCGUUGAGAUCGUGAAGUAUCUCCUCCAUCAUGGUGCUGAUCCAAAUAACCCUGAUGAGAAUGGAAUUACGGCUCUCCAUGUCGCAGCUGGAGAAGGAAUGUGCGAAAUGAUAGAAGUCUUGCUCUCAAAAGGAGCCGACGUUAAUUCCUUUUCUAAAUGUGGCACACCACUCUACUUGGCUAUUAUCGGAGAGCAGGUUGCUGCUGUGAAGACCUUGUUGGACCAUCAUGCAGAUUAUAACAAGGAACUGGCCGUAUAUUCUGCACCUCUGAUUACUGCUCUGGAAGUUCGCUCGUUAAAAUGUGUAGAGCUUCUAAUUAAGGCGGGUGCUGACGUGAAGAGUGUUAAUCCCUUAAUAGUUGCUGCAAAUGGUGGUUUAACCGAGUUCUACAAAUGUUUACUUGGGGCUGGUGCUGACCCUAAUGAUUGCGAUGAAGGAGGUCAACUGCCAAUAGAGAUUGCUGCUCGUAACAAUAGACGGGAGGAUGUUGAAAUUCUCUUUCCAGUGACAUCUCGCAUUCCAUAUAUUCCUGAUUGGAGUAUUGAUGGGAUAAUUGCUUAUGUCAAAUCAGAACCAAAGGAGGAGGAACACAGGGUGCGAUCUACUACUCCUGGUGUGCAUCUUCUGUCCAGCAAGAAGAGAUACUGGGAUGAAAAGGACCAAAUUAUGCAUGAAGAGUUCAGCAGGAAGUUUAAGGUGCAGAGGACAGUGACUGGUGUGACUGGGAAGAGGGCGCGUGAUGAGGAUCUAGCCACGGCUACAGCCGUGGCAGAAGAAUUCUGCGGUGGUCCUCAAAGCUUCAAAAAAACUAGGCUGGAGCCAACCUUGGAGGUGGUCCGGUCUCGUGACCUUUGGGCGCUCCAGGACAACCUAAGAUUAAACAUACGACACGCUUUGCCACGCCAAAUGUUGUUUAUUCAGCACAUAAAACAUCAACCGUGUUCUCUUCAUUUCCACCUGAGGGAUGGUCUUUACCCCUCGCCCAAGGAGCUAAUCGAAAUGAUGUCAAGAUCUGAUAUUGUCCAGAUCAAGAAGUUUGCUCUCGUGGUUGACAUGGAAAUUGAAGAAGCCCAGAUGUGGGAGUAUGUAACUCUUGUGUCCGCACGUCUCGUUGAAGAGCUUCACAUUGAGUUUGUUGAAGCAACCAUCUCUGUGUUUCCUCUGUUUGGGUGUAACAACUCGUUGAAGCACUUACGCCUUAAGCAUAUCCAUCUGCCAACAUAUGGACUGGACAUCGAUCCUAUUGGAGGCGUGGUGUUCUCGAGUUUGGCCAUUCUCGAACUCUGUGCUGUACGUUUGGCCGAUAAUGGGCUCACUGAGCUGAUGAAGUUGUGCCCAUCAGCACACACAGUUCGCUUGAUAGGGAUGGAGUACCUCAAAGAAAUUACAUUUCCGACACUUGAUAAGCUCAGGUUUAUCAAACUCUCGAGGUGUCGGAAUGCCACCUUGGUUGAUGUCGAGACAUUCUUGGGUCUCCAGUCCUUCCACUAUAUUGGGCCUUUGAUAGAGAUGUUUUUCCACAAAAAUGCUUCUCUCAAGGAAUUAUUCGUGUGCUUUGAAGGCGAGAAGGUUACAGAAGACUAUUCAUCAGGAUGGCUUGAAGGAGCCCCUGACUUCUCCAGGAUCAGAAUUCUCACUGUUUGCAGCUAUUCACUCAAUGUUCUGGCUUCCGGCAUAGUAAAAAACAUGAAUUUGAAGAGCUUAACGGAGUUGCAAAUAAUCAUUUCUGCCUUGGACGAAAUUGUGAUUGCUGAUGUGUAUGACUUCUUGAUGCUACCAUCCUCAAGCCUUGAAAGGCUCUUUCUCAAGCUGCCAGAGAGUAGUCUGGGUGCAAGAAUGGAACAAGAAAUCCAAAGGGAUGAUGAUGGGGUGGAGCUUAAAAAGCUCGCGUUGAUGAGUGUUAACGGCUUUGAUGGUAGUGAUAACCAGAUGCGGCUGCUGGAGAAUGUGCUAGCCAAGGCACCCAAACUGAAGGACUUGAUGCUUGUUUGUCCCAGAGACAGAGAUGGACUGGAAAUGAAGGUGCGCCAGCUAUUCAGAAAGUGCUCAGAAGCAACGAAUGCCUGUGUGAAGACGAAAGAAGACGAGAGUUCACCUCGGCCCAUGCAUUCGAUGCCCACCAGCUCAGCCAUCGACGCAGAAUGAAUGCACAGCCAGAAGUUUCGACAUGUACAUGGAUAAUAACUUGGCUAUCUCGCUUUCCCUGCAUAUUCAGUAGGAGUAGAUUCGUAUCUCCAUGUUUUGCAGACUGGGACUCGACUCUGCGAGGCAGAGGCGCAGAGCCCAUACCUUUUUUUUGCGGGAACUUGGCACGGAUCAUGUACAACUUGUACGGUAUAAGUCAUUCUGUGCAGUUAUCUGAAGUCCUCGUCCGUUGUU